AUGGCGGCCUGGCGGGUCCUCGGGAAGCGCCGGCUCCCGCCGCUCGCGGCCCGCGGCUGGCGGCUCGCCCCGGAGCGCGGCGCCGAGUGCGGGGAGGCCGCGCCGGGCCGGGCCUCGAGGUUCUGCCCUCCCCGGAAAUCGGGCCACGACUGGAUCGGGCCCCCAGACAAGCUCUCAAACCUCCGGCCCGUUCACUUCCACGUCCCCGAGCAUGAGUCCCCCGCGGAGCAGAAGCUCCGAGAACUCAGGCAGGAGACGCAGGACUGGAACCAGCGGUUCUGGGCCCGCCAGAACCUGGCUUUCCGCAAGGAAAAAGAAGAAUUUAUUCACUCAAGACUAAAAGAGAAGGGCCUGGGCCUGAGAACUGAGUCGGGUCAAAAGGCAACACUGAAUGCAGAAGAAAUGGCUGACUUUUAUAAGGAAUUUCUAAGUAAAAAUUUUCAGAAGCACAUGUGUUAUAACAGGGACUGGUACAGGCGGAACUUGGCCAUCACCUACCUCAUGGGCAGAGUGGCCCUGGAGCGGGCGUGGGACAGGCUGCGGCCGAAGCCGAAGACCCGCAGCUAG